CCGCCCUCUACGCCUAGCAAGUUUCUGCUGUAUCACCUACAAACUGGACACUGGAACAUUUUACACAUCGAAAUUUGCUGACGUCACUGCCCCUUCCCCAUAAUGGCCUCCUCCUCAUCAGUUGGAGAUAAUCAACUGCAGAGGAUAAUCAGAGAUCUGCAUGAUGCUGUGUUAGAGUUGAGUAAGGAACACAAUGACUGUGGUGAACCGGUAACUGAUGAUAGCGCCAACCUGCACAAGUUCUUCUAUAAACUUGAAUACCUGCUACAGUUUGACCAGAAAGAGAAGACAACCUUUCUUGGUCAGAGAAAAGACUACUGGGAUUACUUCUGCGACUGCCUGAUUAAGAUCAAGGGAGCUAACGAUGGCAUCCGUUUUGUUAAAUCCAUUCCUGAGUUGAAGACAUCCCUGGGGAAAGGAAGGGCCUUCAUACGCUACUCACUCGUCCACCAACGCCUCGCUGACACACUGCAGCAGUGUCUCAUAAACCAGAAGGUCACAAGUGACUGGUAUUAUGCGCGGAGUCCCUUCCUCAAGUCCCACCUCACUGCUGACAUCAUUAACCAUCUUUAUGAGCUCAACCAGAUCCAGUUUGACGUCGCUGCCAGAGGUUACGACCUUGAUGCAGAUUGGCCAUCAUUUGCAAGGCGAACAUUAGGCAAUGCCUCAUCAGCUUUCCUGUGGAGGCCUCCCAGUCGCUGCUCCAGCAUCAACAGUCUCGUUAGCAGCUACUCACAGGUGCAGGAGUAUCUUCCAAUACAAGACCUGAAUCCCAGUCUCCUGGGUGGGCUCGAUGAACUGGUGGAGCCCUCUUCAUGCAGCAUAGCAGAUAACCUGCGCAUUGAGCUCGACCAAUCCGAGCUCAGACAGCAGGAGCUGCUGGUCCGGGUUCAGGAGUUAGGAAAACAAGCUGAUGAGUUGAAAGGUGUGGUGAAAGACCUUAAAGGCCAGCUUUUGGCCACCCAGAAGACUGCUGGCCCCUCUGUAUCUACAGAAGCCCAAAGUAACCAAAAUACAGAUAAUCAGGACGGGGCAAAUCACCUUCAAAUCUGUAGGGAAGCAAUAAACGGUGACCUUCAAAAUAGACUCACAGUGUCUGAGAACAAAAAUAUGGAGCUUCUCUCCAAGUUGGAAGAAUCACUUAAGGAAAAGGGACAACAAACAGCUAGCUACUGCGACUCGGCCUGGAAAAUCCAGGAACUCCUGGAUAAAGUCAAGACAGCUGAGGAGGAGAGGUUGGAGGCAAAGAGAGAGGCGGAGGACAGAGCAAGGCACUCUGAGCGUCUGUCCCAGGAUCUGAAACUCAGGGAAGAAGAGAUGAGGAUCAGUGAGGAGAAGCUGGCUGAAGUAAGAACCGGAGCUCAUUGCGAACGCGAGGAUGCGCUUACACGGUUAGAGGAGCUCCAGAGUGCAGUCGGUCGAAUUCAAGGGGCGCUGAGCUUGAAAGAGAAGGAGACGGGGAACUUAAGAGCACAGCUUCAGGACCUACAAGCGUCACUAGAGUGCAGAGAAAGGAAGGCGGAUGACCUAAGGAGAAGACUGAAUAAGGAGAGGGAGGAGGUAGAGCAGAGAUGUAGCAUGAGUUACAGCCAGAAUGAGGAUCUAGAGACCAAACUCCGGGAUGUUAGGAAAACUCUGAAGAACAGAGAAAAAGAGCUCGCUGCUACUUCGGAGAGAACCAAACAUUUAGAGGAGCAGUUGGAGAAGCUGAAUGUUGAGAAAGAGACUCUGAGCUCUAGACUUGCUAAUAAUGAAACCGUUUCCUCUGAGAAACUUCAGGAGUACAAAACCCAAUGCCACAAUCUCAUGGAAAUAAACAAUAAGGUUCUCCAAACGGUUAAAAAGAGUGAGGGAAGCAUCACAGAGCUGACUGAGAGCAGGGUAGCCUUGUUAGACCAGCUUGCUUGUUUGAGGGCUUCUGAAAAGCACUUAAAAUCCCGAGUUGAGGCUGCAAAUUUGUGUGUGGAAGAUCGGGAGAAGAAGCUUCUAGAUGAAAACCUGCAUUGGGAGGAGAUUGCCCAGAAGGUGCUCGUCCAGAAGGACACAUCUGAUGCGCAAAUAAAGAAUCUCGAGCAUGAGAAACAAGAGCGUCUUGAGCUCCAGUCCUCAUUAAAGAAACAGUUAGCGACAACUCAACAGGAACUGGACGCACUCACUGCCAAAGCUUCAAAGUUGGAGAAAAACCUCAAUGUGUCCCAAAGAAGCCAAGCAGAGUUACUUGAAAAAGUGAAGGACGCUGAGGCUAAACUGAGAGAACAGACUGUUGAAUGUGGGCGUCAGCAAGCGAGAGCCGAGGAGCUGGAGAACAGGAGUGUUGAGCUGCACCAUGAAAAAGGAGCCGCAGAGAGCAAUGAGAAAAUGCUUCACGAAAGGCCUCAGAAAUCCUCAAUGGAAACCAAAGAUUCCCCGUACAGGCUGGUUAUGGCCGAGGCUCAACUGGAGCUCAACCUGAGGGAGGUGCAGCGGCUCCAGGACGAGGUGGUGGAGCUCAGGGCUCAGCAUCUGGCAGGAGCCGACGAGAGGAUGAAGGUGCAGGCUCUGCAGGAGGUGACCGAGUCCUCCAGAGAGGACCUCCGCAUCUUAGCAGAACAACUGAAAGCCCAGGUAGAGGAGCUCAACCGCCGGCAUGUGGAUGAGAUUCUCCGAUCACGGGAACGAGAGGAGGCUCUUGUUCGGGAGCGGGACGGUGAAGCUCGGGCUCGAGCCGGCCUGGCUGCCGAGGUGACGGCCUCCAGAGAGGAGCUCAAUAAACUGAAGCUGCGGUAUGAAGCCCUGUGUCUGGAAAACAGCGAAUCCAAGGAGGCGCUCCACAGAGCCAACACAGAAACAGCUGAACUCGGCAUUCAGGUGUGCAUGCUAACUGCUGAGAACGAGGAGGCUCGUCUGCGCUGGGAGGGCCUGUCAACGAAGCUGCAGGAGCUGGACGAGGAGGCGUCUCAGGAGGCGGAGAGGCUGAAUACCUGCAUGGAGCAGCUGAGUCAGGAGAACCAGCGCCUCCUGGAUCAGCUCCACAACCAGAAGGGUUCGUCCGCAAUCAAGCAGGAGAUGCAGGUGGAGCUGAGCAAGGCCCAGCAGGAGGCCGAGGCUGUGCAGGCGACCAGCCAGGAGGAGAUACAGGCGCUCCGCUUCCAGCUCAGCAGCCAGACCAUGAGCCACGACGGCCGGGUCCAGACUGUGAAUAAAGAGACACAGGAAGUGAAAUCACAGCUGACGACCGAGCAAGAGAAAGUGGUCGACUUGGAGAACAAAUUCAAACAGCUCGAGGCUGAGAAUCAGAGAUAUUGCCAACAGAUUGAGGAGAAAAACAUCCAGAUGGCCGAUUCUGUAAAUCUCAUCCGGCCGAAAGAAGACGAGAUAAUCCAUCUGAAAGAGAAUUUAUCAAGUUCUCAGGAAAGUCUUGCAGCGGCUCAGCGGACUUGUCAGGAGAUGAGUGAAAAUCUACGGAGAGCCACACAGGACAAACAGAGCUUUGAUCUGAAGACGGCAGCUGAACUCGAUGAUCUUUACCGCACGAAAAUCAACUUGGAAGAAAGGCUUGUUGAACUGAUCAGGGAGAAAGAUGUUCUGUGGCAGAAGUCGGAUGCCCUGGAGUUCGAGCAAAAAAUGCGGGACGAGGAGACGGAGAGAGACGUCAACUUCUGCCUGGGCUGUCACACCCAGUUCAGCUGGUGGCUCCGCAAGCACAACUGCAGACUGUGUGGGCGUCCCUUCUGCUACUACUGCUGCAGCAACACAGUGAGCACGCAGCAGGGCGGCCACAGGGAGCGCUGCUGCAUCGACUGCUACAACAAUCACACCGCGGUGGUGGAGCGCCACCCUCAGGAGGAAGUGACUCACAGCACGCCGGGGACUCCUUUCCAUCGCCUGCUGCAGGCUGGGAAAGCUGUGACGGGUGCUUCAGGAGCAAGUGAAGGUGAAAAGGUGGAUGAUGGUAUUUUCGACAUCAUCACAGAGGAGGAGGUGAGCGGGGUCUAUGACAGUGACUCUCUCUCUUUUGCCACCGCCUGCUCUCCUGAACACGGACAGCAGGGGGCAGCACAACUAAACAGCAGUGCCAGUGCAGGAGACCUCACAUCAGAAGAUAAUGAUGACCUCAACACUUCGGUACAAGACGCAGAGAUCUGCCUGCUGAAGUCUGGAGACCUCACGCUCUCUAUCCCCUUCACGGUGGAUGAUAUCUCAGCGUUUGGGGACAGCUCCAGAGAGCUCUUCAUAAAGUCCAGCUGCUACAGCACCAUCCCCAUUACCAUGAGCGGGCCCGGGCCGACGGUCUGCUGGACGUUCACCUCCGAACCCAAAAGCAUCGCCUUCAGCGUGGUCUACAGGGAGAGCACCGAGACUCCACUCGAACAGGCCAAGGUCUUGAUCGCUCUGACGCGCUGUAACUCCCACAAAGAGACCAUCCAGGGGGAGCUGAAGGUCAGGAACGCUGGAGAAUACACACUCAUCUUUGACAACUCUUUCUCAAGGUUCAUCUCAAAGAAAGUCCAGUAUCAGCUGAGUCUGGACAAGCCUGUGGUCUACGAUGGAACCGACCUCCUCUGAACGUGACGGGAAGGAGGAGCGGCAGGUUGGAGUCUACUGACGUUUAACAACUUCAAUGAAAGGUUACACAAUUAAAAAAAAAAUGCCUCUGAGCUAGCGACUUCAUCAUGAGGUGAUAAUCAUCAGAUGAAUUCUGAUUAUAAAAGGCUGAACAAUGAAGUAAGACAAUGUUACACUAUUGAAUGUAAGCAUGCACUACCUAUUAUAAAAGCCGGACGUUGUAGUUUAAAUGUGGCAUUAAGGGUAUCAAACUUCACUCCUUGAUCACUGGACUGUUACAUUUUUCAAUGUGAAGGACUUGUUCUCAGCACCUACACAUGUAGCUCUUGUAGGCAACUAUUUGUACCGUGUCAUGCAGAAGUAAAGCUCGUUUUCUUUUUAGCAUAAGGGGAAAUUGUUUGAUAAAUCACGGUUUGUUCCUUUUAAUUUGCCUCGUAAGUAAGACUUUUGAAAGGGGGUUAAUGUGUCGUCUGCACAGUGACAAAAGAGUGGGUGAUAGGGUUAAAAUCCCCUUCCACAUAAUUAUCAUCAUUAUUUAAAACAUUUCCCAGGACAUACAUUGAUCAAAUAUUUCAUUUUUGCUUCUAUUAUAUUGAUACUUAUUGCCAUGAAUCAUAUCCUGCUUUUCACAAUGGCCAAAUACACCCAGAGAUAUCAAAGGGAGGACUUUCACAUUACGAAUGGUUAUAUCGUUGGCCGUUUAAAAUAUGACUGAAUGAUACAUGACUGAAAACUCUAAUUUGACUUGAAUCCUUUACUGAAUAUGUUUUACUUCAAGAAAACCGUUAGUGCUGUGUGUGUUUCAUGUAACUAAAUCUUUGAAUUGGUGUGUUGAUAUCAUGCUACUGUAUCAUUGGUGGAGAAGCUGUUGGUAACGCAUGUCCUGUCAUCUGUUUCUCAGUUAAUGCUCCUUUAAUCCAGUAAAACAUCUUCAUAACUGUUGCCUUUUUUAGCUGUGAGAAAUGAAAAGGAUACAUUGUGUUGCGAUCAUGAAGAGAAAGAAGCAGGGCUUUUGCAAAGGCAGCAAUACAGCCAAAUGAUUGGGUUUUAACUGUCUCUAGAAAACGGGCUUUAAUUCAGUGCAAUAUUUCGAUUAUUGCAGUUUAAGAGUUCAAUGCAUGCAAACACUGUGCCCGUAGUUCCCAGAUUUAAGCCUGCAAGGGUGAAAAAAAGGGAUGGAAAUAUUUAAACAAGUAUUUAAAUGUUACGUUUUUACUUCUUAUCACUGAAGCUUUGACAAACUGUGAGGAUUUUGCGUUAAACUUAGUAAAGAUUUGACCUACAAAUACAUUUUCUAAUGAAAUACAUAAAGCCUUUAGAUGAAAACGAACAUAUUUAAAAAAAAAACUAUUUAUUUAUAGAGUGCUUUUCAAGAUGAAAGAGAUGUUUGUUAUUCAAUAUAGUUGUUUGCUGUUGCUGUGUGAUGUUAAUAAAGUUUUGCAGUGUGUCAAACAGAAUCUCAGCAUGCAGCCUUCAAAUAAUGCAAGUCCAAAAAUCGCUUUUAUACUUCUCUUAAUGGACGUUUAUUUGAAGGCUUUAAUGAUGAGAUUUUAACUUUAUCUUUCAACUGUGUCUUCACUCUGGUCAUUUGAUUAAACUGACUUGAAUAUACUGAAACAUUGCUUUGCUCUUCAACACAGAAUUUACACAUUCACAAAUGUCUUCCCCUAUUUUAAAACCAUUUUGUAAUUUAAAUUGUGAACCUAUCAUAUAAGAAGAGUGAUAUAUUGCCAAAUAUAUGUGGGGUACAUAUUUGUCUCUUUUAUUGUUCUUGAUUGGGAGUUUCUGUUUCAAGGCAUUGCAACAUGACGGCUGUGUGAUGCACUUUUGAAAGGGCUUUCUGUUGUUCUGAAUCCCAUGAGCCUUUGUGCCAGUUAUUGAAUGUUGUGUUUCUUUCAUCUGUAUGUAGUGAGUGUGUGAUUGUAGAAGUUUACUGCUGGAUUUGUCCGAGGGAAGCUUUCCCCUCGCGACUCAACCUGUAAAAGAGUGUUGACAAAUGUUUUAUUGAGAUAUCGUUUACAUACUAAAGAUUUAUAAUAGAGUGGAUUUAAGAUUGUGGAAAAAUAAAAAAGGAUUGUGUGAUA